GUCCACGUCAGCAUGACGUAGGUGCUGCAAAAAUUCUAAAUUGUAAUUUUUUUAUUUUUUUAUGCGAAAUUGUGUGUAUUUUUUCUAUAUAUUUUCCCGCCAUUUUAUGUUUAAAUCAUUGGAUAUUUUAUAAUGCCCACACCUUUCUGCGAAGACUGGCAGGGCUGCUACAGGCCUGACCUGUGUUAUUCUCUACUCAGAUUUCUUAAAAUGACACACAUACCCCUCCCGGUGCACUAGAAAGCGUCAUGGAAGGUAGCGGAGAAGGAAUGGUGGCGAUAGUCCAGGGUUUGGACAACUCUGGCAUCACCCUGACGGUGAUGAACCAGAACCAGAGACAGCAUUCUGACAGGAGAAGAUCACCUAGAACACCUAGAAUGCAAUUUGGCAGUACGACAUUACCUGAUAUUAACCAGCGGUCUUCUGUGGAGACCAGCACUGAACAGAACCAAUACUACGUACAGAAUCUUACUACAGAGAGACAGAAUCUUACUGCGGACAGACAAAAUAAUACUCAUACUAGUCAGAAAACUACAGGCGCGCAGAUUUGUGAUGGCCGAUACGCUAGCAGCUAUAAGACGUCACAUUGCAUGGUAACGCCGACGUCACCGCCAGAUAUGGUGUCAGAAUUCCCACCGCAGAGGAGAGUCAUUUGCCGCGGUCAGGGUAACUUCGAAGUCGGAGGACGCGGCAGCAUGCACUACCGAACCUCGCCGGUGACGACACGAGGGCGUCAUUACGCGGGGAGUCAGACAUGGUCUGAUCGGGGUAAGAUUACUUCCACCUUUGCUUGCGUCAGGAGAAAAUUGGUUCAUGUAGCUGAAAAAAAGGAGCCUAUGUUUAUGACCGUGGAGAACAAAGAGACUAGCGGAGGAGUCAUAACCACAGAUUACUGUUUCCACCGUAGCAGAGUCAGCAAGGGUACGGAGGCCUUUGUGGACUCCUUGAGGAAGUAUCCAAGCGUGUCUCCCGUCGGGUCCGUCUCCUCGGACAUCAUUGAGAGGAUCAUCAAGUAUACACAGUCUAAGAAUGCUAAAGUCCCUCGGCCGACCAGGAGCAUGCGUUCCUUGCAUAAACAGAAGUCAUCAGACACUGAUGACCUGUACAAGGUCUCCAAGCACCAGCAGACAUAUACGAGGAACCAGGAUUCCGAUAAUAGGACUUAUAGCACUGUACAGUUGGGGUAUAGGGGGAAAGCGAGGAACUUCAAGCUCUAUUCUCCUGUUAGUGAGAGUAGGUAUACCAGGGAUUCAAGAUACAAGGAUAAUCCGUUCAACACGAGUUACGAUUAUUUAAAAGCUGGUAAAUCGAGUUACGCUCGAUCUGAACGUGGCCCAUCCCGGAGUCCAUCACCAACUAUCAUGACAGAGAGAAUUAGUCGCGCUGACCGACCUACUAGGUCUGCUCGUCCUAUGAGGGUAGAUGGUCCUAAUAGGUCCUUCCGAGAUAUGAGCCUGGUUGAUGUGUCAAGAUAUAUUCGGAGCACGAUUAGAGAGAUUUAUAGUGAACGGCCUGUUGUAUUCCAAGUAUGCCCGAAGCUUAGGAGUCGGUAUAACCAGCACAAGAAAGUAUGUCCAGCCCAUAGUGACCGGAUCAGUGACUCGAUGUUGUGCGAUUCUGAAGACCAAGACAGAAUGUACUAUUACAACAGAAUAGAUGAAGAAAUAUCCCUAUGGCUCAAAGAGGUACCUGUCCAUGGCAUAGAGUCUCAAGAAACUAAAAAGAAAAGAGAGAAGAUGAUUAGAGAUAUCAAAAAGUCAGUCAAAAGCUUGCCUGAUGAUAAGAAGUACGAUGAAAAUGCUGAAAAUGAACUUAGAGAUUUCGUUGAUGAUUUGCCUAUGUGGUGCCCUGGUAAAGAUAAAGAUGAUGAAACGUCAUUCAGGAAAGAUCUAGCUGAUAAAUUGGUGAAACGAAUUCUAAAAGUGCCAAGGAAACCUGACAGGUUGAGGGACGUUAUAACAAGAUUUGUUCGUGAUCUUAGUUAUCAAGAGGAUGAAGAAGAACCAGAUGAGGACGAAGUCGUUGAAAAUUUCGUCAACAAAUUGAAGCCCCUCACUCAGGAAAGGCCGGAAGAUGAUGGCGAAUACAGAGUAAUUCUCAAAGAUCAAAUUAUUCCAUUGCUAAACGACUUACCUUUAGAAAUCAUAGACGACAAAACAUUAAAACAAUUAGCAAAUAAGUUAGCUACUGCAAUAGUAGCUUUACCGAGACAUAUAGGCCCACCAGAAGAUAGGAACGAUUUAUCAGAUGACUUUGAAGACAAUAUCGAUGAUUGGUUGAACGAUGUAGUCGCUGCAAGAAGCAGUAUUGACCCGGUGAAAGGCGAUAGGAAAUCAAUUGAAGAGUUAGCUAGAAGGUUAAAUAAAAUUAAAGCUGAAGAAUCAGGCGAAGAUGCUGAUAAGCAAAUAAAAUCAGAAGUUGGUAAACUAAUAGGACCGAUAGACCUUCCGGACGACACAAAAGAUGAAUUAAUGGAUGAUUUACUUGAGGAAUUAGAAGGUACUGCGCAAAUGAAAAACUUGGAAAAUUUAAAUGACGAUGAACUUCAUCAAAUAUUAAUGGAUUGGUUAAAUAAAUUACCUGAUAUAGAUGAAUUAACUCCACACAAUUUAGAAAAACUUGCUCGAGACUUAGCUAAAAAAAUCAAAGAAGGCAAAGCGCAGGGUAGUGCUACUUUAGAAGACGAUAUUAAUAAUUGUCUUGUUGAAGCUAAUAUUAUCUUAGACCCCGCUGUUGGAAGUAAACACAUUGAAGAACUCAUGAAAAAACUCCAAUUAUGGCCAUCAAAUACAUUCUACACGAACCAGGCAAAGAAAUUGAUGAUAGAUGAUAUAUACCACGUUAUUGAUGAUGCCCAAAUUUCGGACGAUAAAAGGGACGAACUUAAGAAAAAGGUUGAGUACAUCAUAGAAAAUAACUUAGACAUGACUCUUGUUGAUGCUGAAGAUCUUCAAGAAGAUGUCAAGGAAGCAAUAUUAGGGGAUAUGGAUCAGCUUUUAAGUCGUAUCGAGUUUCCUCUAGAAAGCCGCCUUUUACUCAAGUCUAAAAUAAGCACUGCGUUUUUAAAAGAUUUUGACAAAUCAUGUGCAGCAAUGAACAGAACUAAAGGCGACAUUAAAGAAUUAGUUGCAAAACUAGUAAAAGGUGAACUAGACGAUCUUCCAAUAUCUAGGGAAGAAAAGAAAAAUUUAAUCAAGAAAGUCAAGAGAUCAGUUGGUGAAAAUAUUAAAAAGCCUUUGCCUGAAGACAUUCACGAUACCAUAACUGAUGAAGUUUGUGAAGUUGUUGAACGAUCACCAAUUUGUAAGGACAGGGAAAACGAAGACCGUAGAUUGUCGAUCGAAGCCAAGGAAACUGUUAAAGAAGACGUCGUUGAUGUCGUCAGCGAUCUAUCAAUACCUGAAGCUAAGAAAAAAGAUUUAAAAGAAAAAGUGCGUGAAUCUAUUUCUAAAGAUUUUGAUGACGCUUUAUCUGUUCCGAAACAAGAUAUUGGAAAGAUCAAAAAUAAACUCUCUAGGAAUGUCAAUAACGCAAUCGAAACAUCUCCAGUCAGUAGGGACGUGAAGAGUCAUUUAAAAACGGGGAUAAAACCUGUGAUAGAUAAAAACUUAGACACAACACUGUCAGAUGAGCAAAGAGAUGCAAUUGUAGAUGAUGUCUUAGACAUUUUGAAGGAUACCUUGCCAGAGGACAAAGCUAGACGCUUAAGAAAAAAACUAAUAAAAACGUUAGAAAAUCAGCAACCUCCUAAAGUGUUAACGGAAGAUGUUAAAGAUACCAUCAAAGAUGAGGUUGUAGACAUGAUUGAUGAUACUUCGAUUCCCGAAGACAAAAAAGAUCCAUUAAAAAUGUUACUUAAGGCAAAAUUAGACGAUAGUGUAGGUGAACCCAUUCCCGAUGCAACGGGUAAAAUAAAAACGGAUAUGUAUUAUGCUAUUGAGAAUUCUCCAAUAAGCAAAGAAGAUAAAAGGAUACUAAAAAAUAAAACAAUGGAUGUGUUAAUCAAAAGUUUGGGAGGUACGUCAAUGAAGGAUAUUACGAUGGAUAAGUACAAUAAUUUAAUUACUAAAGAUAUAAAUAAAGUUAUUGAUAAACUACCUGUCAGUUCGAAGCAAAAUGAUUUAAUGAGAAGGAAGAUGAAGCAAAAAAUAGGAAGUAUAUUGUAUCGCCCACUUACGGAAGAAGUUAAAUAUAAUAUUGAACAUGAUGUUAUGCAAAUUUUUAAGGACCCAACUAUCCCCAAAGAUAUAUUGGAUAUUUUAAAAGCAAACUUAAAUUUAAUUUUUGACAAGGAUUUAGAAGACAUGUCUGCUGAGGGUAAAGAUACAGGUACCAUUAAGGAGGCCCUUAUAAAAGAUUUCCGACAACUUCUUCAUGAUACUCCGUUGCCAAAAGAAAAAAAGGCCAAAAUAUUAGAAAAAAUGCUAGAUGCUCUUAAUGAAAAUCUUGACCGUCGGAUGUCCGAUGACAUACAAGAUAGAAUAAACAAAGAACUUGAAAAAAUUGUUAAUAAUUCGGCAAUCCCAGAAAGUAAAUUAGAUGCUGUAAAAGACAAAUUGGCUGACAUUGUAAGUGGGCACGGUUUAGUACCAUCAGCAGUAAGACCUGAAACAAUAGAUGAAAUUGAAAUAGGAGAAUUAAUUUAUCAAGACGUUGGAAAGAUCAUCGAAACAUUUCCAGUCAGCGCAAAUAAAAAAGAAAAUAUGAAAAAAGUUUUGAAGACCAUGUUAGUGAAUAGUCUAUACAGACCAAUAUCUGAAGAUGUUAAAAAGAAAAUUAAACUUGAUAUCGGUAAUACGAUAAAUAAAAUAAAUAUCCCAGAUGAAGACAGACACAAAUUGAAAUCAAAUAUAACAGCUGCAAUAACAAAAGAAUGUGAGAAACAAACAGCUUUAGGAAACGAUUUAGAUGAAAUUAAAAUUGCAUUAAAAAGAUCUAUAAACGAUCAAAUUGAAGAAUCACCCAUGUCUGAUGAUCGGAGAAUUUUAUUAAUGUAUAAAAUUGAAGACCUGCUCACUGAUAACCUAGUUCGGCCUUUGACAGAUGAAGUAAGAGAAAAUAUCAGAGGCAAAUUGGACACUUUUGUAAGUGAAGCUCCAAUUGCCAAAAAGAAUAAGGUAAUUAUCAAAAUACCAUUAGUAGAUGUAGUAGAUAACAAUUUAGAAAUAAUAGACCUCAAAACAUUAAUGGAUGCAAUAAGAAAGAUAGAAACUAAAGCAAAAGAAAGGGUUUGGGAAGAACUAGAAAAUACUAUAGAAAACUCAACUAUUCCAGGGGAAAGAAAGAAUGAAUUAAGAAAUAAAGUAGACAAAAUGGCUGUCAAAAAUUCGAAAAAACAUUUAACGGAUCCAGAUGUCCAAGCGGAUAUUAAAAAUGACAUCGCUGAUAUCUUAGAUGGACUACUAAUGAAUAAUACUGAGAAAAAUACAUUAGAGAAUGACCUUGCAAGCUUUCUGGAAGAAAAACUCAAAGUUCUAAGUGAUAAAGACCAGAAAGUAUAUUUAAAGAAACUAGCACUUCAAACAAAAGAUAAUAUUUUGGCUGGAUUUGAAAACACCGUUGAUCAAACAACAAUCCCUAAAGAUAAGAAGAAUGAGUUGAAACAAAAACUGCUAAACAUGACGUCCGCAAUUUUAAAGCAACCAUUUUUUGAGCACGUUUUGGAUGCUCUCAUACGUGGCAUUGAAGAAAUUAUCGAAGCGCUUCUUUUACCAUUAGAUCAGAAAGCAAGGUUGUCAGAAUUAACGAAAACUGCCGAAAAAAACAUCAUCAAUUUGAAAGAGAAUGUAAUGCAAUAUGAAACUACUCACGGCCCAGUACCAAACGCUGAAGAUAUUAUUGUGGAAGAAAUAAUGAAAGCUAUUGAUAAUUCUUCCCUUUCCGCUGAGAAAAAAGAAGAAUUAAAAGCCAAACUACACAAAAUCUAUAGCGAUAAUUUAAACCAACACUCAAUUGAAUCGGGGAAUGCCCUGAGAGAAGGGAUAGCUGAUAUAUUAAAUUAUCUGCCCUUGAACAAUCAGCAAAAAAGUAAAUUUCUACGCGAUUUGGACGACUCCGGGACCGGUGACAACAUUAAAGGUUUGAAGAAAACAAAUAUCGAAGGUUCACCCAUUUUUGGCACAAAGCCAGAAGAGGCUGAACGCGCAAAAAAAAUAGAAGGCAAUAACUUAAGUGAUCUUGAAAAAUCCACCAAUAUUAAACAUAAUAUUCAGGACAAAAUUGGGUUGCCAAUAGACGAGGAAAAUAAAGCGACCCAAAAGGUUAAUAAAAGUGUAAAAGAACCGCAAUAUAAUAAACAAAAAGGAAAACUAAAUUUUGAGGAAUUACAAAACAACACACACAAAAAUAUUCUACGGGGACUUGAAGAGUAUAUCAAUAAAGCUUCUAUUCCUAUGGACAAAAAGAUUGAAUUGAAAAACAAACUGGCAAAUAUGUUGAAUGAAAGUUUUAAUGAUCCUCUGUCUGAAGAUAUCCAAGAUUCACUCAAAGGUGGCAUUUACGAUAUCCUAGAGGAGUUGAAUUUGCCAAAGAAUGAACUUGACAAAAUGAAGCAUGGACUAACAGACAUAGUUGAUCGAAACAUAACUGCCUUACAAAACGAAAUUAAGGAAAGACACUCUGACACAGAUGUAUCGAGCGAUCAAUCAAAGGUGGAGAUAAAAAACAAGGAACGCACAUUAUCACAAACAGGACAGGACAGUCAUAGAGAUAAAUCAGACAGACAAAAAAAGGCAAGAACAUCCAUAGAAGAAGUUGAUUCGUCUCUAGAGAGAGAUCUCGAAAAAUCGUCUGACAAAUGCAAAAAAGGAAGAACUUCCGCAGAACUUGAUUCUUCUUCGGACAGAGAUUUUGGGAAAUCGUCUGACAAACGUAGGAAAGAAAGAACACCAUCUGAAAUCGAUUCUUCUCCAGAGGGAGACCUUGAAAAAUCACUUAACAAACGCAGAAAAGAGCGAACAUCCGCAGAUGAUUGGUCUCUAGACAGAGAUUCGAAUGAAGAGAUGUUUAACGAAGGGUCUACACGAAGCAAGAUUUUUACUCGCACUCGAAAUAAUAUCUUAGACGAUAUUUAUAAAGGCAUUGACGAAGCACCUAUAAGUAGUGAGAAAAAGAAAGAAUUAAAACAGAGAUUAAAAUUGCUGGCUUCCAAACACAUAAAGGAUCCAUUAACGAGCAGUGCAACGGAUUGUUUCUUAAGUGACCUCAACGAUAUUAUGGAUAAACUGCCUUUAUCAGAAGAUGAGAAAAACGCAUUAAAAUCUAAUCUCUCAAGGACUAUCCGUGAUAAUAUCAAUAAAUACCAAAACGACAUACGAAAAAUUGAACGCAAAAAAGAUAGAACAUCAUCUGAAAUCGAUUCUUCUCUAGAGGGAGACCUUGAAAAAUCGUCUGACAAACGUAGAAAAGAAAGAACAUCCGCAGAAGGAGCUGAUCGGUAUCGAGACAGAGAUUUUGAGAAAUCUCCUGACAGACGCAAGAAGGAGAGAACGUCCGCAGAUGAUCGGUCUCUAGACAGAGAUUCGAAUGAAGACAUGUCUACCAAAGGGUCUACACGAAGCAAGAUUUUUACUCGCACUCGAAAUAAUAUGUUAGAAGAUAUUUAUAAAGGCAUUGACGAAGCACCUAUAAGUAGUGAGAAAAAGAAAGAAUUAAAACAGAGAUUAAAAGUCCUGGCUUCCAAACACAUAAAGGAUCCAUUAACGAGCAGUGCAACGGAUUGUUUCUUAAGUGACCUCAACGAUAUUAUGGAUAAACUGCCUUUAUCAGAAGAUGAGAAAAACGCAUUAAAAUCUAAUCUCUCAAGGACUAUCCGUGAUAAUAUCAAUAAAUACCAAAACGACAUACAAAAAAUUGAAAGCAAAAAAGAUAGGACAUCAUCUGACAUUGAUUCUUCUCCAGAGGGAGACCUUGAAAAAUCACUUAACAAACGCAGAAAAGAGCGAACAUCCGCAGAUGAUUGGUCUCUAGACAGAGAUUUUGGGAAAUCCCCUGACAAACGUAGAAAAGAAAGAACAUCCGCAGAUGAUCGGUCUCUAGACAGAGAUUCGAAUGAAGACAUGUUUAACAAAGGGUCUACACGAAGCAAGAUUUUUACUCGCACUCGAAAUAAUAUGUUAGAAGAUAUUUAUAAAGGCAUUGACGAAGCACCUAUAAGUAGUGAGAAAAAGAAAGAAUUAAAACAGAGAUUAAAAGUCCUGGCUUCCAAACACAUAAAGGAUCCAUUAACGAGCAGUGCAACGGAUUGUUUCUUAAGUGACCUCAACGAUAUUAUGGAUAAACUGCCUUUAUCAGAAGGGAGACCUUGA